AUGGAGACCUGUUAUCGCACACUUUGGAUGACAGUUGUUCUGGCAUUGAUUACGCGGAGAUCAGCCGCGGUAGGGCCGGUUAUCCGGUGUGAACCUUGUGAUGCUGGAGCCCGGCUCCUCUGCAAGCCGUUGCCCAAGGACUGCACCGAGAGAGUUCGCGAAACUGGCUGCGGGUGCUGCAUGACUUGCGCGCUGGCAUUUGGACAGCCGUGCGGGGUGUACACGGGGAGAUGUGGCUCCGGGAUGACAUGCCAGCAGCAGCCCGGCGAGACGAAACCUCUCCAAGCUCUGCUGGAGGGACGAGGACAGUGUGCGAUUGCGACCAUUAAAAGAUCCACCGCCGCUUUACCUGCCGUCAAUGAGAUACAAGAGAAUGUGGGUGGUACUCAGGAGGAGGAGCAAAACACCACCGCCCCAGUGAUCCAAGCCCCCCAAGCCCUUUUCAGCACCAACAGACCUCCUGUAGGCCCCCCCAGACUCCCCCACCACCCCUCUCUCCUCCACCCUGUCAAGGCAGUGGUCAUCCACAGGGAGCAGCUGAAGAGGGCCCGGAGCUACAAAAUGGAGGAACUCCCUGGAGCUCACAGCACAGACCAACAGAACUUCUCCCUGGAAUCCAAGCAGGAGCCAGAGUAUGGUCCCUGUCUUAGAGAGAUGGAGAGUGUCCUCAAAGGACUGAAGAUCACAGACAUCCUCAACCCCAGAGGCUUCCACAUCCCAAACUGUGACAAUAAGGGCUUCUACAAAAAGAAACAGUGCCGUCCAUCCAAGGGCAGAAAGCGAGGGUUUUGCUGGUGUGUCGACAAGUAUGGGCAGCCAUUGCCAAGUUUCAACGGGAAGGAGAGAGGAGACACCCAGUGCUACAACUCUGAGAGCCAAUAAGACCUGAGCAGCAAGAAGGAACCAGAGAGAGAGAGAGAGAGAGAGGCGGAGAGAAAGAAAAGGGAGCCAUGAACACACAGAAAAACUAUGAGGAUAUCGGGAUCCAAAAGGGUCCAAAAUGGCUGGGCCUGGACGUGUUGGCUGGCAUUGAUGAUACUUCGCCAACAGGACCGUGUGGAAGGCAGGGCAGGAGGAGUGGCUUGAGAAGAGGACUCAUCCAAUCACACUCCUUGUGUCCAACACACACCCUCCAAUGCUAUGUGU